CACACCAAGAAUUCACCCGUAAAAACAUUACAGGCAAUCGCUUAUAUCUCUCUUAUUCUAACAAAAUGCUCGUCACCAUUGGGCUUCUUUUCCUUUCUCAUUUGGCGGCUGUGUCACUAGCAGACUGCUGUGAUGCGCACUUCGACUUCACCAAUGGCCAAUGGAUCUGCGCAGAUGGUACUGUGGCUACUCCCUGCUGUGGAAAGGGCCCAUGUAAUGCCUUCUGUUGCGAUUGUGAUUGUCGAUAUCCGAGCUCCAGGAAGCGAGACCUACCAUUUUUAAUGAAGCGGGCUGAUGACGUCGAGCAUCUGUUCAAGUCAGUCGACGUCGACAAUUCAGGCGACGUCGAUUUGGGAGAGUAUAUUUCAUGGGUGAAUGAAAAUGUGGGCCAUGAACAUGCAGUAUCGCCCAGCUUGUACCUCUCCUACAUCGACCAUUUUUAUUCGUUUGAUACGGACAAUAAUAAGAAGCUUGAUCUAGGUGAGGUUCUGGGUACAAAAUAAGAAGUUGUUAGUAGUAAGCCAAAAUCGGUUAUGGUAUUGAGUUGUGAUGUUGCUGGGGACUCUUUACAGUCGGUCAAAAUUUGGCUCACUAGGCAGUCUUGGGAGAAAGCUGAGUAUGGUCCACUGGGCAGUCG